AUGAGGAUAUCUAGGGGCGGAAAGGGUUGCGAUUCACCUCGUAGGCUCUAUGUUUAUUCCUCAAAAAACCUGACCCGUGGUUCUCUGGUGAAUAUAACAAUAACCGGUGAUCCACGUGAAGUUAAAUUCAUUCAAAAUUCAACAAUAAUGAUCGUAGCAACUGAAUAUACACAAGUUCUUUCAUUUUAUCGUGUUUAUGCACCGGGUUCGAAUUAUUCAUUCAUGUAUUCCGUGCCAACACCAAAAACCUCUCCAUAUAGCCUGUAUAAAGUCAAUGAUACAUUCCUGUAUCUGGUGCAUUAUUAUAAUUCAACACCGAUUUAUAAAAUGAUUCUGUCAGGGAACAGCAGUAACUGGACAUUUGUUCCGCUAUCAAACACGGCCACACCUCUAAAAACCCCAGCGCAAAUGGGCAUUGACUUCUUUGGACGAAUCUGGUUCGCUAUCUAUGGCUUGGGCGUGAAAAUCUAUGAUCCGACGGGAUCGAUACUUCUUACUACAUGGCCGGUGUCGGCUGGACUCGACGGGAUUCUAAUGCUGGAUAAUUAUGAAUUAUAUCUGGCUGACUACGACAAUAAUCAAUUGCUGCAUUUCACACCUAAUUUACAAUGUUCACUACCAUAA